AUGUUUCGUAAGGAGAAAGAGUAUCUCCGCCAAAUUGCCGAAGCUAGUGAGGCCAUUAGACGGAAACAUCGCAUGUUAAAAAUUGGAAAAGAAGCUGUUGAAAAUGUUUUGAGUGAAACUUUUAAACCUAUAGUUCAACCCUUAGAGAAAAUUGUUAACCUCUCUGAUGUUAAACAUGAAAAUCAUAAGAUAGAAAAGAAGGAGGAGGUAAUUAAAAGUAAAGAUGAAUUAGAUGAUAGUAUGAAUUUUUUGAGUGCUGAUGAAGAUGAAACAUCAGUAAUUCCAGGCUUUGAAUAUGAUAAAGUAGUUAAUAAAUAUAUAUACUUGCUAGAUCAUAAUAGAAAGCAAUGUUUAGAUACGUUGUACGGCGUAUAUAAGGUUAAAAAUGGUUUUCUCAAGAUUGGUGUUGCACCAAUAAGUUUUAAAGAUCACUUAAUAAAUGUUGGUGAUAAACGUUUUAAUAUUACUUCCGGUAUAUUGGAACUGUUAUUUAAAAAUAAACCUGAAAUGUCAUACAUUAGCGAUGAUGAUAUGAAUAAUUAUAAACAAAUUCUCAUCAUCUCCAAUGCUCACAGAAAAAAUUAUAGUUCUUCUGAACCUAUACGUACAAGUAAAACUUUUAAAUAUGUCAAUAUUAUUUUAAAACUUUUUCCUCAUAAUGAAACACCAAAAAGACGAUCGAAAACUGGCACUUCACUACCACAUUUUAUGAUUGUAAAAAAAAGUUUUCAACCAGACUAUAUCUAUUGGGAUGAUCCUAACGAAUUGGUUGACCGUCUUCGAUUGCUUAUGGCAUCUGAAGCAGCUGGGAAUCCCAGUCACAAUAAUGAAAUUAUGUCAAUCAUAGAAGAAUUACGUGAAGCGAAAAUUAUAUAUUGA